AUGACUGGCCCGAUGCAGCGCAUUCUAGGCCUUGUACUAGGGUUCCUCCAUGUCUUAACUGCAGCGGCCGUUCCGGAUCUCCCAGAUUUAGAUCCCUUCUACACGCCUGAUAAUGACACCUGGAAAAGCAAAGACCCUGGUUAUAUCAUAGACCAUCGCCCAAUCAAGCUGCCAUCAGUCGUCCCCGGUGCCGACAGUCCACUCACCGCACAUCAACUAUUGUACGUGACACGAAAUGCAACUUUGCACAAGACGACCUCUGUGACUACAAUUGUCAUUCCAGCGAAUCCGAAUCCCAACCGGGUUCUUUCGUACCAGAUUGCCUACGAUGCGCCCGAUAUCAACUGCUCUCCUUCCUACGGACUCCAGGCAGGCGCUGGGUUUUCCGCAGCGAUGUGGAACCAGAUGCAAAUGGCCUUUGUCUUUCCCUACCUACAAAGCUACCAAGGUCCAUUUGGUAAGAGACCUAUUCUAAACAUCCCCGACUACGAGGGCAACAAUGCUGCCUUCACUGUCGGCCCCCAGAGCGGCCUUCAUACUUUGGACUCCAUCCAGGCGGCACUGAACUCCAAGCACAUCACCGGUAUCCUGCCCAAGGCAAGAACAGUCAUGUUCGGAUACUCCGGUGGCGCAUUGGCUACAGAAUGGGCUUCGGAGCUGCACGCUCACCAUACGCCCAAUCUUAAGAUCGCCGGUGCGGCAAUGGGCGGUCCUCCUCCGAAUAUUACGAACACGUAUAUCAACGUCAACGGCACCCAGUCUCCACUCAACGUUUGGGCUAUGUUAGGUGUGAUGAGGGCAUUCCCCGAGGUCGACGAUCAUAUGCGCAAAGACAUAUUGCCCAAUUAUCAGGCCCUUUUCUUGGGCCCUCAGAGACGCUGCACCAAGUGCCAGCUCAAUGCGCCUAAAAUCGAACCAACCGCCAACAUCUCUUCCUGGUUCGAACAUGGAGACGAGUUUCUGUACAAGUUCAAGGACAUUCUGGAAACGAAUGGUGUGAUGGGACAACACAUCCACCACGGCAAAAGUCCGAACUUCCCGCUUUACAUCUACCAAGGAACUAAGGAUAUUAUCACUGGUCCUAUCGGAGACACUGAUGAGCUCUAUCACAAAUACUGCGACAAAGGCACGAAAGUGAGAUACCUUCGGUACAAAGAGCGCGACCAUGCUGAAACCCUGAUCGCUGGGAUGCCACGAGCUUGGUCCUGGAUUACAGCUAUUUUCAACAGGCUCCCAGUAAAUGAGUGUUCCGUUGAAGAUAUUGAACCGAAGAAUAGUGCACUAUUUGAUAUGGAUGGCAAUGACCUAGAUAUGGAAGAAAUGGAAGAAAGCGGAGACAUUGACAAUGAACCUGGCCUGAAGGAUCAAACAUUUGUCGAUGGCCAGUCUUUCGUCCCAGUUGCUAAUGGUCGGGAGGAUCUCUAA